AUGGGCCCCUGUACCGCCUCCUCAUGCUGCUGCCAGGCCCGUAAUCUGCCAUGGGCCCCCGUACCGCCUCCUCAUGCUGCUGCCAGGCCCGUAAUCUGCCAUGGGCCCCCGUACCGCCUCCUCAUGCUGCUGCCAGGUCCAGAGUCUCUCAUGGGUCCCUGUACGGCCUCCCAUUGCUGCUGUCUCCAUCGCCACACUCUGCCAUGUGCCACUUUUAGGUCUCCUCACACUGCUGGUGGGUUCCAUUUUUUUGUCAUAGGGUGCUGUAUGGCCUCCCAUUGCUGCUGCCUCCACCGCCACACUGUGGCUCCACACUCUGGUUUUGGCCCCGUGACUGCCCAAAUGAGUGAAGUGUGCAGUGAUUCUAAGAUCGACGGCACUCAUCUGCAUGUCAUACUGACUGACAGUAUUAUUUCUCUUCCCCAGCAGACUCCAAGGGCAUUUAAAUUAAAGGUACAGUGUUCUGCACUAAUAUAA